AUGGUGAAGCGGACGGCGCCGUUCAAGGCUCGGUACGCCGUGGAGCUGGGGCUGCGCGUGAAGGAGCGCGACCCCGAGACGAAGGAGGUGCUGACCGCCAGCUGUCUGUUCUGCGAGCUCUUCGGACGAGAGACGAAGGCGGGAGCCCAGCGCCGCCCCACGGACAAGGUGGCUACAUUCAAGCCCCCGUUCCGCAAGGACUCGAUCCAGAUCCACCUGGUGGGGCAGCACCCGACGCACUGGGGCGAGUACUGCGCGCUGUCCAGCGACGACAGCAAGCGGGCCUAUUUUAUUGCAGCGGGGGCCACGAUGGACCUCAAUGUGGAGACCAAUCAAGACGCUGCGAGACCUCGGAAGACGCAGCGGACGGCGGUACCUGCGUCCACAACCGUUUCUAUUUCAACUACUUCCACUCCCACUUCAACUUCUUCGAGACCAGUUACACCCGUGCACUUCUUGGUGGACAGGGACAUUGUCUCGGUGGCCAUUGGAGUACUGCUACCUUACGCAGCGAGACCUGCCCCGGAAGGACAGACGUACCAGAUGACGGCCAUGGCGGACUUUGAGGACCUGGUGAACGCCAGUGAGUUGAGGACAGGCGGCUUAGCGGUGGACACUACAGCGGCCAGGUUUCGAGUGGUCCUCCAGGACCCGACCCAGUUCCAGCAGUUCGUGGACUACUUGUCCACCAGCGGAUCGCUGUCCAACUCGGCCAGGAUGCUGUACGCCAGCACUCAACCGGCUGCAAUUGGACCAUUCUUCGACGGGGUGCAGGUCCCAGCGAUCGAUGUGGGCAAGUUCGCAAGAUAUUUAUGCGCCAUCAACUUCCAGCGGAUCAGUGAGAUUGCAAAAAGCGCUGGAGGUUAUUCCAUCGGCCUCAAGGUGGCGCCCAUCGCCCCAGCCUCCUUCUUCGAGGCGCAAGUCGAGUACUGUCUGCACGUGCAGCUCCGCGUGUUUGUGGAUGGAGAGGUGACGAGCUUCCACUUACUGUCGAUUCCCUUGAACAAACGGCGGGCGUCAGACCCCUCGGGGAAUACUGGCGUCUUUGAGAUCGCAGAGACUGCCUUGAACGCAAUUACCCCGCGAUGGCAGGAUAUGAUGAUCGCGGUGAUCUCGGAUAGCGACGGUAUCACGGCGGAAGGACCCGAGGACCCGCGACUUUCGCUUCGGAAUGCGGUGGCUACUCGCUUUGAGAGUGUUGCCAAAGCUGGUUUCUUGCGCGUAUGCUGCGCCGCGCGUCGGCUGGACUCACUGGUGCAGAGGUUCUUCAGCAAAAUUCUAGGAGGCGGCGAGCCUUACUCGACGCUGACGGCCCUCCUCGCGUACGUUGGUCGACAGCGUGUGCUGCUCGCUACGAUGGAAACCAGCGCUCCCAGUAUUGGAGAUAACCGGUGGAGGUCAGUCGCGAACGUUGCGAUGUGGUUUCGACGUCAUGGAGUGAGCAUCCGCGAGUAUCUGGAGCGAGAACAGUCCGCCUGCGCACCUCCCGGUUCGUGGUGGAUUCGCGUCACAUUGGCAGCUCGAAUCGGACAGGAGUCGAUACCGAUUCUUGAGGAGAUCUCGGGAUUGACUACGGGGACGUCACACCCUCGCGAUGCUGUGAUAAAGCUGCGAGCGUUCUUGGUGCAGUGGUUCAGUAUCUCGGAUCCUCUUGCAGUUGACGAUUCCGCUGUCGACGAUGCGGCUACUCGGGUGAAUAGCAGUAACUUGGCGAUCUCCAAGGAUGGGAAGUAUUCGGUAACCAGCGAGAAAGUUUUCGCUGCGCUGGAAGACUUGGGGACGUAUAUCGCCGAGGCUCUACAGAUACCUGAAAACGGAGACGUUACCAACCAGUCAGCGGUUCACUCCACCGUGAGUGAAAUUGCUACGAGUGUUGUGAAUCUCGUAUCGGGCCUCACAUCAAUUACCAUCGACGUUGACGCAGUUGAUCCGAGGCUAUCGGAACUUUCUGCUGUGCUGCCGCAUGAGCUGGUGAAGAUGCGUGGGCGCCAGUUCACGUCAAUUGUCCAGCCGCAGAUCCAGCGACUUCUUCUUGCAGGCUGGUCGAGGCAAAAAAUCGAUUGGAUCGAGCAGGAUUUCCAGGAUCUCUGCGGUGCCUACUUCCGUGAGCCGUCUCUGAAGCUUGCGUUGGAGUCGUGCGGUGAUAGAAGCUCCUUCCGAGACGCGUGGGGCUGUCUCCAAGGCCGCUUCUCCUACUUGCGUGACUUUUGCGGAAUCAUGGCGACUGCGUACCCUGGUGCAGCUAUCAGCAGUGAAGUUACGGGAAGCGCUGGUAACACUUCGCUACAGAUCGGCUGCUCUUCGCUGGCGCCGCUUUCCCGUGUAACCAGCCUGCCAGGAAGUAUCGAGUCUGGCGUCUCCGAUCUGUCGGUGCAGGCAGCUCUGCAGGCUAAACAAUUCCGACGGCUGCGAGCAGUCCGACUAUAG